GGGAACUGACACUGUUGAGGCUGCUUUCCAAUGCGGUGGUUGCUUAAUAACAUGUGGUCAUGGCGUCCCCUUUGUUCGGCGAUUUCUGGUGUUUCUUUUUCAUAACUGUGUUGAAUACUUGUGUUCUUCCUAUCUCCCGGUGGCGUGAGCGUGUGAUGUUGGCUUGGCUGUGCUACUGGUGAAGCGUUUCGUCGACGUUGGUUGGAUGGUUUUCCAACGGCACGCUUAUUGCCAUGGUUUGCUAUUCCCAUUUGCCAUUUGUGUGUAGGUUGGAGAGGGUAUUAUUCGUGCUGUGUGUUUUGGUAAUUUAAGUUGAGGCUGCAGCAUUGGGAGUAAAGCCCAAAUUGUGUUGUUUCAAUUGGAGCCUAUGUUUAUAGACCUGAUGUCUGGCUAGUUGAGUUGCCCGGGAGGUUCUUUGUCACUAAAGUGACAGGGAGCUGGUUGGUGUGUCAGGGAGAGUUGUCUCCUCUGGAUAUCGAUUGUGCCUGGUGGUUCCUAAUUCUUGGAUUGGUUCCUUGCUUACUGGUAUGAGUGCGAAGCCUUCCACCACUAAUGUAAGUGUCCACUUUUUGUUUUUCUAUGUUAUGGGGGGUAGGUGUGUCUGCUCCUUUUCUGUUAGGUCAGCUGAUGUUAACUAACGUCGCCGAUCCGAUGAGCUGUAAUCUUGCUUCCUGCCUAAAUUGUCUCGGUCUCUAAUAUGCUGCCAUCAAGUGGCAACAAAAGGUACAGCUAAUUUUAAAAUUUCUGUUAAGAUUCCAUCUGCUGGGCACAAAAAUGCCACCUAUCUCCCUGCCCUAGACGGGCCCAAAGUUACUAGUACAAUAAUAAUGUCUGGCCAUUGUAUUCUUGUAUUCACAAUUUCGAUACACUAAGCAGUGGACGCAACCAUUUCUGGUUUUUAGCAAAUGAAACAACGUAUAAAACCAUUUCUGGUUUUUAUCUAGUGAAAUUGUGAUACAGUGUAAAUGAUUUUACGAUUAUCCGGUGCCAUUUUCUUGGUUGCUCCCUGUACUGUUACUCAAGGAAUUAAAUAUUUCCUGAAGUGGUAGUACAGUUUUAUUCUGGUUUCUGUCAUUUUUCCAUUCUGCGCAACAGGCUGAGUCUGCGUUGAUAGCACACUUAAUUUUUCUUAGAUGAAAAAAUGUGAGCGUUGUUGCAAGGUGUCGUGCUGUUUCUAAAGGCGACUGAGAAACUUGAGGCGUCCUCCAUUUUAGGGCACGGCAACAAAAAUCGUUAAUUUCGCUUUUCUCGCACUCCUCUUGUUUUUGCUCUGGAACGGAAGUAGUUUGGUUUUUAUUAACGGUUUUCCCGAAAGCAUAUGCGCAUUUAGAUGUAAAAAUGCCUCCGGAAGUUGUGUCAAAACAAAAACCAAAUACGUUCAUGUUUGCCAAAUACAUUACUCCACAGGUACCAAAAAAGAGCACAAUUAUCGUUAGUAAAAUCAAACCGAUAGUGAGCAUGCAGAGUUUACAUGUACGUCCCCUCGCUUUGAAGCCUCCGGCUGGAGUAUCUAUUUCAAAGGUAUUUGGCUCUCUUGCUGUCUGCGGUUGAUUUUUUGGUGCGUCCGUUUGAGCGCCUGGUCGAUCCGCUGGUCGAGCGGCUGGUCGAGCCACUGGUCGAGCGGCUGGUCGAGCGGCUGGUCGAGCCACUGGUCGAGCGGCUGGUCGAGCCACUGGUCGAGCGGCUGGUCGAGCCACUGGUCGAGCGGCUGGUCGAGCGGCUGGUCGAGCCACUGGUCGAGCCGCUGUCGCUUGACAGUCGCACUGGGGGUUUUCAUAGGUCAUCGUCGGGUUGUGCGAGUGAUAGUAGCUGAUAGUUUCAUUGGAGCCAAACUGGGCGGGAACACUAUCAGGGGAAAAUUCUUCACGAACCUGAUGAAAAUGGUAAUAGAAAUUCGAAGGCGUGUUUGGGCAUUCAGACGAUAUUGUUGCAAGCUAUGGGGACCUUAGAAUAGAAUUUUAAAUGCUCAUAUGCUCGGCUCAUAUGCUCGGCUCGCAGAGAAUUGCUAAAAGUUUGGUCCUUGGUACCAGUUUAUUUGGGCAUCAUUAUUUAAGACAUUUAAGAAAUUUUUCACGAGACUUCGGAUUUCAAACUAUUUUUCGCAUGUAUUUCAUUGUAAUCAUAUGUAGUUUAACAAUUAUGUUUUUUAAUUAAUUGAUGUUUGUUAUGAGGCCCACAAUACAAAUUGUGAUCGUAUCCGACAUUGCAUCUAGCAGCGCCUCUAUCGCAUCUUUAUGGCACCAUGACUGGUGGUAACUAGAUGUUGUUCAGCUGCCUUGACACUACGCGAAACACUUGGUUACCCAACACAUCACAGGCUCCAAAACAUACGUAUACCAAAGAACUUAGAGCGAAAACGACACCUAGAAAUAUUAUGAUUAUCCGCAACAUUGCAAAACGAGCAACUGAAAUCCUUUACGCGGCGACUUCGACUGUUUUCCAGCCAAAAACACCCAAUAGACAAGGUAUACAAUGGCUUCAAAAAUGCUAAAAAUUUAGUUUCUGAAAGGAUGUGGUGUCUUUCCUGCCCUCAUCCAUUUACGCUGGUUACGCGUACAAUGCUACCAUGGUUUAUACGCAAGCUCUGGCUUUCCAUGUUAAGAAACAUGGCUCAAGUAGGAAUAGUGUAAUGGAAACAGCCUUGAACUGAUCACUCCUAUUCAACACUAUAUUGGAAAUUCAAAACUUCGCAAGAUUUAUUUCCUUUAAUGCAAAUGGAGAUACCAAAGACAGCUACAUCGCUGUGGGCUCUUCAGAUUUAUUCCCAUCAAAACUCAAUUCAUCCGUAGACGUCCAAAUGAAUUUGAUGGUUCCCUUUGGCCUUUUUUUUGUGGAACUAUGUUCUACCCGACUUCUGAGCUGAAUCACAUACUUCAGACCUGUUUUGCCGGUUCUGAAAGCAAUUCUGAAGAUCAAUUGAUUUAUGACGUUAAAUUACUCAAUGACAACGUUAAUAUUACCAUGAUUGUUGCCCAUCUGCUCACUUUGGCCGCGAUGGUAUAUCUGUUUACACAUCAAGCCAAAAAACUAGCCGCAAAAAUGGACAUCCUCACAAUUAAAGUAGCCAUAUCGACGGACGCGGAACUUAGUGCUCAUCUCUUAAAUCUGAAACAGAUGCGGGUUUUGAAUCAUCCUUUGCACCCAAAUAAGGUAGUUGACGACUGGCGAAUGAAAGUCUGGAACAAAUAUCAAAUGGACAUCUUCGUGGCCAGCACUCGAUUGUGAAACUAUUGGAGAAAUUCGCCAAAUGCGCAGGCUUCAGCACGAUAACAUAAAUCCAUUUAUAUGCGCCAUCGUUGAACCUGCUCGGAUAUGUAUCAUUACUGAAUUUCAGUCCCGGAAAAGUCUUAUGGACUUUCUAUCAACAUCUAAUAACGAUUUGAACUGUAAACUGAUUGCUUCUCUUGCACUUGAUUUGGUGAAAGGCAUGCUCUACAUCCAUAGCUCCGAUUUACGCUGCCACGGAAAUCUUAAAUCUGCGAAUUGCUUGGUCGAUUCAAAUUGGACUCUUAAAGUAGCGGAUGUUGGUUUACACAAAUUGCGGAAUGCUGCGAAAGACUCUAGCAAGAACGAAAGAGACUAUUACUUUGAUUUACUAUGGACAGCCCCAGAAAUCUUACGUAACCCAUCCUUAACGGGCAUACCCGAAGGUGAUGUCUAUUCUUUCGCCAUCAUUCUGCAUGAAAUGGUCUGUCGGCAAGGUCCUUUUGCUAUCUAUUAUAACCUUGGUGAUCCUGCAAGAAUCAUCAAUCAAAUAACGCAUACCGUUCGAGGAUGUCAAAUUCCAGCACGGCCGCCUAUUGAAAAUUUAGACUGUCGCCUGGCAUACAUGUUUCCUUGUAUGAUUGACUGCUGGAUUGAAGAUCCCAAUGAGCGUCCUAAUUUCACCUCUGUUCUGAACUAUUUGACGAAACUAGGAGGGACCAGCACGCAUGGUACAUAUAAAAAAACGUUAGCGUUAGAAGACAUGUGCAUAGAAGAGGAGAAGCGCGCUUUAGAAGAAGAAAUUCAAGAAAUUGACGAAAAUAGACAGAAGAAAAAAUACUGUGACGGUGUCUUUAGCGUCACGAUUGUAGUCCACGAGCUCGGAACUGCGCAUCCAGAUUAGUGAAGCCAGCUAUCAAGAACUACAGCAAAUUGGAGGCUACAUAACUGAAGAACGUACUGAUAGAAAUGAGGCUGCAGAAUCAUUCAAAACUUAUUGGCUGAUCGGGAAAACGUCUAAAGCGGUGCAGAGAAGAGAAAAAGAUUGUUCGAGCGUGAGAUCUCUUUGUAAUCGGCAGUCAGUCAUAUCUUUGACAAGCACCGACAUCUACAUCGAUCACUCGAUUGACGACGAUCCAUCAAAUCUAAAUUCCCAUAGAAAGCUGUCAAGCCACCAAGCAAUCUCAAUUUUAAACGUAAGGCUUGUUAGCUAUUAUCAUAUAUCUCAUCCCCUUUGGCAGAUUCUAGGCCAUUUUUGCAAACAGUGCCGUGUUAUUCUGAUAUCUUUCGUGAUAGGAUACUUGCUAUUGUCCUCAUUUCUCAUUUCCUUUCUGUCCGCAUUCCUCUGUUCAGUCAUGGAAAACUCGCCCCUGAUAAAUUGUUUAGCGGCUGAUUUCAUACAUCUUGGUGUCAGGCCGGGUUUGCUUUUCUCCGAUUAGCUUUGGCCAUCACUUAUGGAGAUGAUGGUUUGCUUUUCAAGACCUAGUUCUUCAUACUCCAACGCUUGGUAACUUUGCUUGAUCAAGUAAGUGAAAACAUGCUGGUGUAUAUCCUUUUUCAAUCAAUAGUCAUUACUGGUGGCAAGGCAUUUGGCAAAUGGUUCAAAACAUCUUUAAAAUGGUUGGGAAAUUUAACUCUUCUCCCCCAACCUAGACAGAUUUGGAAAUAGAACAAGCAAUUUUUGCAAACACUACUCCUGAUUAUCAGUACCUUGGCUAACUCUUCAGGAAAUAAGUUUUUUAUAUGACACUGAAGACCAAUGGGAACAUUUGAUACAGCUGUGCUUUCAUUUGCAUUAAUGAUGACUUCAUAGUGUUUAUGAAUAGUGAUCUACUUCUUCUUUCUUCCAACCCCAUGUGCCAGAUAUUCUAGGCUGUUCCAAAUAAUCCUUCUCACAAACUCGAUUAAAAAAUGAUAGUGUAACAUGAGCAAUUAUAUAACAGGUACCAAAAAUUACAAGCCAUUAAAAAUU